GCCGCCAUUUUGCGCGCGGAGAGAGCGGCCGAGUCGCCGCCACCGCCAUUGUUCACCCUCCGGCGAAUAACCUUCUGUUCGGCCGGGAGAGAGCGUCAGUGGCGUCGCCCCAACCUCACCGCUGCUCAGGCUACCAGAGGACGUCACUCUAAGCAUGGAAUUAGUGAAGGAUAUUCACUCUGGUCUCCCUCUCCCCGAGUCCGAGUCUGGUGUCCAUCGGCUUUCCCUGAUCCGGGGAGAUUAUCUGUACUACCACUACGGCUGCGAUGGCAUAGAUGACUGCGGCUGGGGUUGUGGCUACCGGACAAUGCAGACCCUCUCUUCCUGGAUCAUUUUACAGCAGACUAAUCGAAACAACCACAGAGUGCCCACUCUAAGAGAGGCGCAAGAGGCGCUGGUGGAGAUGGAAGACAAGCCUCCCAGCUUCGUCAACUCCAAGACUUGGAUCGGCUCCUUUGAAAUCGCCCUGUGCAUCGAUAAAUUCCACGACGUUCCCUGCAAACUCAUCCACGUGCGGAAAGGGGGGGAGCUGCUGCAGAAAAUAGACGAGCUUCACUCGCACUUUGACACGCUGGGGUCCCCGGUCAUGAUGGGUGGAGACAGUGACAGUGCUUCAAAGGGGAUCUUGGGGGUUUUCACAGGGUCGGAGCACCACUACCUGCUUAUUUUGGACCCUCAUUACUCUGGGAAAACCCUGGACAAGGAGUAUGCCCAGAGGAAAGGCUGGGUGGCCUGGAAGAAAUUGGACCUAUUUGAUCAGAACUCAUUCUAUAACUUUUGCCUCCCUCAGUGGAAAGGUGUGUAACUGCUCAUCGCUGCAACCUACUUCAGCUGUUGACCAAAACAUCUCCAUGUCUGCUGUUGUGAAGUGACAUAUUUACAGAGCAAUUUGAUGAAAUUGCUUAACACUACGUUAUGUGGCGCUCUCUGUAAGUUCACCCACUGACAAGAGUCUAAUGACCGAGCAGGAGCCUCCAUUGCUUCUGACUUUAGAAAGAUUCAUUCCUUACCAUGAAGAACUUUGCCGCCAUAAAUCAGUGCAUAAUAGACAAUAGGUGCAGGAGUAGGCCAUUCGGCCCUUCGAGCCAUUCAAUGGCUGAUCAUCCCCAAUCAGUACCCCGUUCCUGCCUUCUCCCCAUAUUCCCCCGACUCUGCUAUUUUUAACAACCCUAUCUUGCUUUCUCUUGAAAGCAUCCAGAGAAUCUGCCUCUACCGCCCUCUGAGGCAGAGAAUUCCACAGACUCGCCAUUCUCCGUGAGAAAAAGUGUUUCCUCGUCUCCGUUCUAAAUGGCUUACCCCUUAUUCUUAAACUGUGUAGCCCCUGGUUCUGGACUCCCCCAACAUCGGGAACAUGUUUCCUGCCUCUAGCGUGUCCAAGCCCUUAACAAUCUUAUAUGUUUCAAUGAGAUCCCCUCUCAUCCAUAAUCUUGACAUUGGAGUCUGGAUUUUCGGUGCUUCAGUCGUUGCCAUUGUUUCCAAUGGGAGAUAUUAACUGAUGAAGGUGUUUAGAUUUACAUUGAACCACAGUUGAUCAUUUUGCAUCAGAAUUGACCGGCUCUAGAUUGAGAUGACAUUAAGCUGUCACUAUGGCUGAGUUUUAACGUAGCCCAUUAUCGUCAUCCCAUGAUGUUUCUAGGGAACGGGAGAAUUUAACAAACCUAUUUGACAAAAUUUAACAAAAGAAGCACGUUACCUAAAUGAAAAGCUGCACACCCGGAACCGUUCAAUUAGCUAAAGUGUAGGUCAGCUGUUGCCUUAAAAAUUAAAUAACUAUUAUUUAUUAAAAAUUCAAAAGUUAAAAAUCCCAAACAAAUAACCCAAAUGCAAAUAAAAUUACCACCAAAAUACAUACAAUUUAAAAAAAAUUAAAUCCAUUUAAAAAAAAUGUGAAUGCUGAUGAUCCCAAUGAGUGCAGAUAGUCUCUUGAGCGAUUAAUGCUUUCUGUAAUUUCAUCACCAGAAAAUCUAAAACCACCUCGUUCUCUGUAAAGCAUAUACCUAGCCAUCCUAAAAUAACACAGUAGAGGUCCUACUGUGGCCAUAUUGCAUUUGUCAACAACUCCCUCCUCCAUAUGAUGAUGCUUGUUCGCUUCCUUGAGAUUUCGUGGCCCUGGGACAUCCGACGUUGUCCUCAAAAGUGCAACUAGUACUUGUUUUGCUGAUACCCUCCCAGACUAACUCCUCCUUUAGUACCUCAGGAGAAACUGCAGAUGCUGGAAUCCUGAGCAGAAAAACAAACCACUGAAGGAUCUCUCAGGAAGGGUUUCAGCCCGAAACGUUGCCUAUUUCCUUCGCUCCAUAGAUGCUGCUGCACCCGCUGAGUUUCUCCAGCACUUUUGUCUACCAAAAGAUCUCUGGGUCAGGCAGCAACUGUGGAGGACAAAUGACCAUCCGGGUCUAGCACCUUCUCCGUCUCGAGAAAGGUUCUGACAUGAAACGUCACCUGUCGAUUCGCUCCAUGGGUGCUGCUUGACCUGCUGAGUUCCUCCAGCACUUUGGCUUUUGCUCAGGAUUCUAGCAUCUGCAGUUUCUCGUCUCCUAAACAACUCCCACUCUCUCUGCAAAUUUGCUUCCGUUCAUCUGGUACUUGCAAGCACGUGGCGGAAUAGCUGGUCAAACUGGCAAACAGGAGCACAGGUGUAGGAAACAAUUUACGUCAUUGACCAUUAAACUAAUGUGGAAUCUG